AUGGCUGGAGAUAAAGUUAGAGACAUGCAUGUUGCUAUUGUCGGCCUUGCGCUCGCCAUGGGCCUGUAUAGACAGGGUGUGCCAUUCACGGUCUACGAAGAAGAAUCUCAAUAUUCCACUGUUGGCGCUGGCAUAGGAUUUGGGACCAAUGGUGACUUGGCCUUGGACAUGAUCCAAGAGGGCUUUCUUCCUAAAUUCGAGCGCUUCUGCAUAGGUAACAAGCCUAAAGAUGCACAGAAUAUCUACUUUGAAGGGAUGCUUCUCAGGGAGGGUCUUGGGCUUACAGAGCCCUGGUACGGCAAGUCAUCGUGGGGUCAUCCGGAUUACAUUCGCAGAGCUGCACAUCGGAAUGAUGUCCUCCAAGCCAUGACCAGCUUCAUACCGAUUGAGAAAGUCCGUUUCAGCAAGCGCUUAACAAAUAUCGAACAGUAUUCAAACAAGGUGGUCUUACACUUCGCGGAUGGCGACACCUCGGAGGCAAGUAUCCUGGUUGGUGCAGACGGCAUCAAAAGCGUUGUGAGGAAGCAUGUCCUAUCACCAACGUACCCCAGCCAGGUCGAUCCAGUCUACGCUGGCUCGUACUGCUACCGCGGCGUGAUACCCAUUGCUGAAGGCCAGGAGAUCUUCGGCAACCUGACUGACGUAGCGAAGAUGUACCUCGGUGAGAAACGCUGUUGUGUUCAUUAUCUGAUAUCGGGUGGAGAGGAACUCAACUUCCUCCUCUGCGUAGCGGACAACAAGCCCUGGGAGCUGUCCAACGCAGUCACCCAAAAAGUGACCUACGAGACAAUGAUGUCCGACUUCAAUGACCCGAACAUCGACGACCGCUUCCGUCGACUCCUCCACAAAGCAAAACCAAUCCGAUGGGGCCUCUUCCACCACCGCUAUACCUCAACAUACUACCGUGAUCGCGUCGUCCUGCUAGGCGAUAGUGCCCAUGCUUCGCUGCCUUUCCAGGCUGCCGGUGCUGGCCAGGGACUGGAGGAUGCAUUAGUCCUCUCCAACGUGCUCGCUAAGAUCUUCCUUCAUGCUCCGGAUGGUGAGCUUUUGUAUCCGUAUAUCUGUGCCGGGUUUGCUGGGUAUGAUGCCGUAAGGAGGCCUAGGGCACAAAGACAGCUGGAACGGGCACAUGAGAUGGCGAUGAUGCUUUACUAUGAGCAUCCGGAGACGGGGGCAGAUAUGCAUAAGGUGUUGGAGAAGUUGCAAGCUGGGUGGUUUGAGUGGUUGUGGUUUCAUGAUUUGGGUAAGGAUGUACGGGAGGCGGGGAGGGGAGUGGAUGAGAUUAUAGAACGGAGUGGAGGUCGGUGUAGAAUUUAG